CAAACAUUUAUCGUACAUCAACAACUAACGUAACGAUAAAAAAUAUAAAACUGAAAGUAUUUUCACUACGUCAUAGUAAGUUAGUUACAGUUUCAGCACAGAUACUUGAAUAUCAUUGUUUUAUUAUCUCUUUCGCGUUUUUAACAAAGAUACCUACGAACGCGAAACACUCGCGUGAUAAUUUCCGCUAAAAAUAAUUAAAAACUUUGUUUCUAGUUUAACAAAUGACUUUGAACUUGUAAGUGAUCUGUGGAAAGAGUAGUGUUACGAAAGAGUGGUCAGCUGUUUACCUACUUAUUUUAUGUUAAAAUACAAAAGAGAUAAUGGAGGAAGUUAAGAAACAUCGAAUAGAAAAGAAACCACAUCCAUUGAAGAGAAUUAAUUUAUUUUCACAAAUAUUUUUCUGUUGGUUACCCGGAUUUCUCUCUAAAGGAUUGAAGAAAGAUUUAGACGAAAAUGAUAUGUACCAAACUCGACAUUCCCAACAAUCCAGAUAUUUAGCAGAUCAAUUAGUAGUAGCAUGGAAAAAUGAACUUAAAAAAUCAAAGCCAUCUUUUUUAUGGGCCCUUCUUGUAGUAUUUAGGCUAGAACUAUUUUAUUAUGCCUUUUUUAAUAUUUUUUCAGAUAUUAUAAAAAUUGCACAACCAAUGUUGAUCUCCAGAUUAGUGUCAUAUUUCCAACCUGGUGCCACUACAAACAAAACAGAAAUUUACAUCAACGCAUUUUUAAUAGUCAUAGCAAGUCUUAUCCAAGUCACGUCCGUCCACAACUACCAGAUGUUAGUCAUGUCCUUGGGGAUGAAAGUUCGAGUUGCGUCAUGUGCGUUGAUCUAUAGAAAAGCUUUAAAAUUAAGUAAAACAGCAUUAGCGGAAACGACAAUUGGACAAAUGGUAAAUUUGUUAUCUAAUGACGUGGGAAGGUUUGACUUUUCAGCUCAACACAUCCACAACGUAUGGUUAGCACCUUGUGAAACGAUUAUUGUUAUGAUUUUGCUAUAUUUUUAUGUUGGACCAACCGGAUUGAUUGGAUGCGUUUUUCUACUAAGCUUUAUACCGUUUCAAAUGUAUAUGGCCAAAUUAACCUCACAAUAUAGGCUUAAAACCGCCAUCCGAACAGAUGAGAGAGUAAGACUGAUGAAUGAAAUUAUUAACGGAAUACAAGUGAUAAAAAUGUACACGUGGGAAAAACCAUUCGCAAAAUUAGUGGAAAUGGUUAGAAAGAGAGAAAUUACCGAAAUAGGACACACAUCCAAUAUUCGAGCCAUUAUGAUGUCGUUCAAUCUUACAAUGAGUCGAUCAGCUGUCUUUCUUUGUGUGAUGACAUACGUCCUUACAGGCAACACUUUGACAGCUUCUUACGCAUUUACGGUAACAUCCUUUUAUGCAUUCCUAAGAGUAUCUGUAACCCAACAAUUUCCCCAAGCCAUUACGCAGUUUGCCGAAACAAAGGUAUCGAUAUCUAGGAUACAAAAGUUUUUAAUGUACAAUGAAUUGGACAGAAGAACUGAUUCAGAAAAAAACGGAACGAAUGGUAUUACUGAAAAGGUAUCAGAUAAAACAGAGAAGCCAGAAGUAGGUGUUAAAAUUAAAAACGCGUCUGUUAAAUGGAUCAAAUCUCAACCAGAAAAUACUUUAGAGGAGGUAACAUUCGAGGCCAAAUCAAAUCAGUUAAUAGCUGUGGUGGGAACAGUGGGCGGAGGAAAAUCUACAUUACUACACGUCAUUCUUAAAGAAUUAGAUCCUAUAGAUGGUAGUGUUGAAGUCAACGGUUCGGUAUCUUAUGCAUCUCAAGAGCCUUGGAUAUUUGGUGGUAGCAUAAGACAGAACAUUAUUUUUGGCCAGAAGUACGACGAAAUUAAGUACGAAGAAGUUUUAAGAGUUUGCUCUCUGGAAAAAGAUCUUGCGCUAUUUCCUCACGCAGAUAGGACUUUAGUAGGGGAAAGAGGAGCCAUGUUGAGUGGAGGACAAAGGGCCAGGAUUAACUUAGCACGAGCUAUUUAUAAAGAAUCUGAUAUUUAUUUGCUGGACGAUCCUCUUUCUGCAGUAGAUACUCACGUAGGCAAACAGUUGUAUACAAAUUGCAUAACUGGAUAUUUGAAACAUAAAUGUGUUAUUUUAGUGACGCAUCAGCUUCAGUAUCUUCGUACUGCUAACUGCAUUUAUUUAUUCGAAGAAGGGAAAAUUCGAGCCUCAGGAACAUACCAGGCUUUAAAGAAUUCAGACAGUGCCUUUACUAAACUUCUAGCUUCUUCAAAAGACGAAGAGAAAAAAGAUUGUGCACGUAGAAUUUCUAAGGCAGAAUCAGUAGAAUCCGAAGCUAGCGAAGCUGAACAUGAAGCUAUAGAACAAAAAAGAGAGGAAAGGGCUACUGGUACAGUAUCGAAAAGGGUUUACACAAAUUAUAUGAAUGCUGGUGGUUACUGGUUAAAAUCUGUGGUGCUGUUAUGUACUUUCGUAGCUGCUCAAGUAUUUGGAAGUUUGACUGAUAUAUUCUUAACAACCUGGGUCAACGUUGAACAGUGGCGGGUAGACAACAAAAACAAUGGAGUCCUUACUAAUCAAACUCUUAAUGAAUCUUUAGCAAAUGCUACAUACCCUUCAACUGAAAAUAAACCUCCAUUUUGGAGCACAGUGUUAACGGAAGACAACACCUUAGCAAUAUAUAGUUGUUUAGUAAUACUUACCAUCGUACUAGCAGUUACGAGAUCGAUAUCGUUCUUUAAAUUUUGUUUGAGAGCUUCUACCAAUUUACACAAUUCUAUGUUUGGCAAAAUUAUUUUCUCUCCGAUGUUAUUCUUUAAUACGAAUCCAUCUGGAAGGAUUUUAAAUAGAUUUUCGAAAGAUAUUGGAGCAUUGGAUGAGUCGUUGCCUAACUGUUUGGUAGAUACAAUUGGAAUUGGUCUGAUUGUUACUGGUACAACUUUAGUUAUUGCAUCAGUCAAUCCAUGGGUUCUUCUACCCACAGGCAUAAUAGUAGUAAUUUUCUACUUCAUUAGGCAAGCAUUUUUGGCAUCCAGCAGAGACAUUAAAAGAGUAGAAGCUGUAACUCGCAGUCCAAUCUUUACGCAUUUAUCGGCAUCUUUGCAAGGACUAACAACUAUAAGAGCUUUUAGAGCUGAAGAAAUUCUUACUAAAGAAUUCGAUCACUUUCAAGAUGCUUACACUGCAGCAUACUAUAUGUUUUUGACUGCUAAUCGUGGAUUUGGAUUUUGGUUAGAUCUUCACUGUGUUAUGUUUAUAGGAAUGGUGGUCGUAAGCAUAUUGUUUAUACAGAAAGAAACUUUUGGUGGAAAUGUUGGCUUAUCACUGACUCAAGCAAUAACACUUUCUGGAAUGUUCCAAUGGGGUAUGCGUCAAUGGAGUGAACUCGAAAAUCAAAUGACAUCAGUAGAGAGAGUGCAAGAAUAUGCAGAUCUACCAAAAGAAAAAGACGAGAUUAAAAAGGAACCACCACCUAACUGGCCAAGCUUAGGACAUAUGAAGUUUGAGAACAUGUCCUUGAGAUAUUCUGAGGAUAGUCCAUACGUAUUGAAAAAUCUCAACUUCGAAAUCAAACCUAAACAGAAGAUUGGUAUAGUUGGUAGGACUGGUGCUGGUAAAUCUUCUUUGAUACAAGCGGUAUUUAGGUUGGCUCAAAAUGAUGGUCAUAUAUUUAUAGAUGGUAUAGAUAGUAAGAGCGUAGAAUUGAGAUUACUUAGAUCCAAAAUAUCAAUCAUACCUCAAGAACCAGUAUUGUUUUCAGGAACGCUAAGGAAAAAUUUAGAUCCGUUCGAUGAGCACAAAGAUGAAGUUCUGUGGGAUGCUUUGGAAGAAGUAGAACUAAAACACGCUGUUGAUGAAUUACCUGCAGGUCUGGACAGCAAAAUGGCCGAAGGUGGUUCAAACUUCAGUGUCGGUCAAAGGCAGCUGGUCUGCUUAGCUAGAGCGAUAAUCAGAAGAAACAAGAUUCUAGUGCUCGAUGAAGCAACUGCUAACGUAGACCCAAUGACUGAUUCCAUUAUUCAAACUACUAUAAGACUGAAAUUUUCUGAAUGUACUGUGUUAACGAUAGCCCACAGAUUGCACACAAUUAUGGAUUCGGAUAAAGUCUUAGUUAUGGACGCUGGAGAAGCCGUUGAAUUCGAUCAUCCACAUAAGUUGCUUAAAAAGAAAGGAGUAUUCUAUGGAUUAGUUCGACAAACUGGAACCACUAUGGCAGAGAACUUACAAGCGAUAGCAGAAGAAAGUUUUUAUAAACAAACUAAAGAUAGUUAGUAUUUCAAGAUGUUCCUGUGAUUAUUAGCUAAUUUAAAAACUUUUAUAAGAACAUAACAACAGUUGUUUUCUGACGAAUAAACACUUAUUGAUAGUAAGUUUGUUUCGUCGGUUUUGGCAGCAUUUAAAAUUGUACUUAACGUUUUUACUUAAUUUGUACAAAGUGCUGUAAUGAGACAAUAAAUUGUAUAAAAUAUUAAAUAUAUAUAUAUAUAUUUUA